AUGAAGAACAUCAUGGAGGACCAGAAGAACAUCUCCACUGAAGGGGUUGUGGUGCUGCAGGCCUCUGUGGGCUGUGAGACUUCCUCAGGUUCACACCAGAGACACAGUCGUGGACGACUGAAGCUCCAGAGGCCCAGAGGAACAGAGACAUGUUUGAGGGAACAGACUGAGUACUGGAAACACUACCUGACUGAAGAGUGCCCCCGGUGGCUGAAGACACUGCAGAAACAUGGAGGUAGAAUAGAGUUCCCCGACAUUUAUUUCAUAGAUGGACCUGGGACAUAUGUUAGUUGUCAGGCCAGACGCUUCUACCCAGACAAAGCCCUAAUGUUCUGGACUAAAGAUGGAGAGGAGCUCCAUGAGGAUGUGGAGUAUGGAGACAUCCUGCCCAACGGAGACGGAACCUUCCAGACCCGAGCGGACCUGGAUCUAUCUCAGGUCAGGAGAGAGGACUGGAAGAGAUACAAGUGUGUGUUUGAGCUCUCUGGAGUCAGAGACAUCAUCACCAUCCUCGAAAUAGCACGCCAAAUCCCAGCAGAACAACCCGAAGACAAGUCUUUUCUGGCACUCAUCAUCAUUUUGCCUGUUUUGUUGGUUCUUGGCGGACCUGCUGCUGUUUUUUUUAUCGAUCGCAGAAGAAGGCGUCUAAGAAACACUGAAGAACCAGAGCCUCCAGAUGUUGAGCUGCAGCUCUCCAUCCAUCAAUCACGAGAGGUGCUGGACCUGUUUAAGCAGGAAUGACAUUUGUCUGUUACAAACAAUCAUUUGGACUAAUCUGCCUGGAGGUUUUGUAUAUAUUGGAUUAUUACAAUAACUGAGCAGUUUUUACAGCACAUCAAGCUAUUUUAUCACUACUAAGACUCUGUUGGCUCGUUCUGGAAACACUCAGGAGUCAUUCCACACCGUUUCAUCAAAUUUCCAGAAAAUUUCACGCAUCAUGUUUAAAAAAAUAUAUUUUUUAAAUGACCAGUUGGUCCCUUACUAUCAUGUACCAACCCUGUGAUUUUAGUAAUUUUCGAUCAAUACUUUUCAAGUUACAGCUCAUUUAGUGAGGGGAGUAUGUGUCCAUUUACGAGCCCAAAUACGUGUCAUUUUUUCUCGGCCGUUUUCACAGGUCGAUAUUUCCGUAAGUAUCACACACAGAGGGCUGGAAUUUUGUAGGCUUGUACUCCUCUACUCUGUGUUCAAAUAAUAAUUUACGGUGACGUCCCUUUUUACCCGGGACAGUCCCAGUUUUGAGCCCUGUGUCCUCUGUUCCAGCAGAUUUACCCAAAAAUAUUCAUUUGUCCAAGUUUUAUACAAAAAAAUUCCCUAUUUUGGACCAACCUGAUCCCUGCCAACAGUAAAGAGAGACAGAAAUUAUCAUAUUGUUUAAGUAAAAUACAAAAAAGCUGCUUAAAAAUGACCAAAACACAAAGAAAAUGUGACUAUACUGCCUCACAUUAGUCAUGAAUGGACUGAGUGUGGAACAGUUUUCCUUGAUUCACAGUUUUAUUAUAAACAACCAUCACAAACCGGGGCUGUCGCAGUUUUUAUUUUAAAAAUCUGGUCACUCUAUGUUACGUUAUGUUAUGUUCUUGAUGGAAUCUGUAUAUUUAGGCUCUUUUGUCAAACAGAAAAUGCUGUUGCACCUUGUGAUGUCAUGUGGUAAGCAGUGUUGGGGAGUAACAGAUUACAUGUACAUUAUGUAAUCAGAGUACAAAUUAUGAGUAACUGUAUUCGGUUACAGUUACUGUUUCAGUGAGUGGUAAUUGGAUU